GGAUGCAGCUUUCUUCUAACCGGAGGCAGCUCUUAUUAAUAGGAACAUGAACAUAUAUUUGUACGAAUUAUGACAUACCACAGACGGCGUCCGUAGUUUUGGUCAUUUUCUGGUUCUUUCUCCUGCUUUCUUAUUAGGAAAACUUGUUCCUUGUACGCAAGUUGAGCAUUCCCUCUAAAUUUUUUAAACCCUAAAAUAUCUAACAGAAAAAGGAACUGGGGAUUGUAUUGUUGAAUGGAGUUAGCAGCUUGUAUUAGCCCUUGCUAUGCCUUCUCUGUACGGCCGUCCACUUCUACUUCUAGAAACUUCUCUCCUCUUCCGCCACUUUCGCUUAUCCAAUAUCCAAUUCAACGACAACGACAUCGUCAACUGCACCUCGCCGGAGCUAAUUCCGUAGGUUCUGUCUUAUCUCUGAAUGGAGUGAGGUUGCGACUGUCAUGUCUUGGCGCUGUAAUGGGUGAUACAACUGCAGUACCAAAUGGUGCUGUUAACGAGCAAAUUCCCUCUGUGAAGCUGUCUGAUUCAGUUACUAGUCAAGAAACUGAUAUGGAAAAUGGAGAAGACGGGAAAGAUUCUUCUGAAGGGUUGGAUGAGAAUAAAAUGAUCAGAGUAUGCGACAAGUUAAUUGAGGUCUUCUUGGUUGACAAGCCCAAUCCUACUGAUUGGAGAAGAUUACUAGCAUUCAGUAAAGAAUGGAACAAUAUCCGACCCCACUUCUAUAACCGGUGUCAGAACCGAGCAGACAGUGAGAGUGAUCCUGGAAUGAAGCACAAGCUACUCAGGCUUCAAAGAAAGAUGAGAGAGGUCGAUGAUGAUGUUAAGAGGCAUAAUGAACUUCUUGAGGUAAUCAGGCGGUCACCAUCCGAGGUUGGUGAUAUUGUUGCCAGGCGUCGUAAAGAUUUUACAAAAGAGUUUUUUGCUCAUCUUCACACCGUAGCAGAAUCCUAUUAUGAUGAUGUAGCGGAACAGAAUGCUGUGGCAAAACUAGGGAAUACGUGUUUGGCAGCUGUGCAAGCUUAUGAUACGGCAACUGAAAGUAUAGAAGCGUUAAAUGCCGCAGAGUUGAAAUUCCAAGAUAUAAUAAAUUCUCCGUCAGUGGAUGCGGCUUGCAAGAAAAUAGAUGAUCUGGCCCAGAAAAAUCAACUUGAUUCAGCAUUGGUGCUCAUGAUUACAAAAGCAUGGUCAGCAGCCAAGGAGUCGGACAUGACAAAAGAUGAGGCAAGAUCAUUCUUUUCUUCAGACACACAUCCGCAUCUCACUUAUUGCAGCAAUUUUUCUUUGUCUUAGCAUUAACUUAAUUAAGAAGAGGGAUGCUUACCGAAGUGAUGGUAUUCGAAAUGACACAAUUUUUAGUGAUAUCCAAACAAUUUUUUUUUUUUGGAGCUAUUUGAGAUUUUGUUGGAAAUUUUUCCUCUCAGCUCUGAAGUUUCUUUGGUUCUCCACUUGUGAGACUAUAGAAACAAAGAAGUUUGAGGCAAAGGGGACAGAAUAUUUAUGACUAAUUGAUAUGAAUGAUGGGAAUUUCUCUCAUUAUUUUAUACAAUAGUGCUACUGAUGAUGUUUAGCAAAUGUCGGUAUAGUGGAAUAGUGAUUGUUAUUCUCCAAGUUGACUAAAAUGCUUAUGUCCAUUUUAAACUCUUAAGAUAGUGCAUAGUUAGUAGCUUCUGUGAGCUCAUGCACCAAACUGCGUUACUCUUGUGACGUAGCUUAUUUGAUCUUGCAUUUGAAGAGAACUUAUUGUUGGAAUGCCUUUAUGUUGAAGUUACUAUUGGAAUUUUACAGGUAGUAUAGCAGGGUCUGCAACUUAGAUGUGGUAGUUUUAUGCCUUAGGAUUUCAGGACAGAUAGACCUAGCUGUAGGGGUAAAAGAUAAUAUUCAUUUGGCUGUUCUGUUCUUAUCUAAGUUACUACAUGACU